AUGACUGCUGACAGCGCAACGUCGGACCCUGGUCCCUCUCGAUCUGCGUCGACUGUCGUCUUCGAUAACAACUCUGCCUUGUCGGAAGAUGCUCUUGUUGAGGAGCGCAUACUGCAUCUCAUGUCUUCCCCUGCCCUCUUCCUUCAGCUCGACAGCACAACGCCCGACUGGACAGCCUUCGAGCAAUUUGAUGAAGCCUUCUCUGUCGAAGAGAAUGAAGAAGAAAUCACAACGCUGCAAGAGCGACAUCCGACCCUCUCGAAGACCAUGCAUGCCCUUGUACCUGAACUGCUCACACAAGAUCAGGCAUGGGCCCGGUUUUUCUUCUUGUCGGCACAGAUUCGCCUCGGACGCCCGGUCAAUCUGCGGCAGGCUACGUCGAAUGAGGCGCCAGAAAAGAUGGCUGCUAGAAGACCACAACGGCAACAAAUCCAGCUGACUUCUUCUUUCGAGACUGUCAAGGUCUCUGAGCCGACCAGGAGUGUGUCGCAGCUGUCAGAGGCUUCCUACGACUUUGUUUCUCGGCAACAUUCGCCAUCACAUUCGACAUCCAAUUUCAGCAUGCCCGACGAUGGGCUAUGA